AUGUCAUAUCAACUACAAAACAUGAUCGUGAUAGCAUCUGUCAGUACGGGUAUCCAAGAAGCGACUAAACAAAUCCACGAACGCGAAGGAGCAAGACCGGGAAUAGCGACUAAAGUAAUGAUUGUAUUCACCGAUGGUUGGAGCAAUAAAGGUCCGGAUCCUGACCAGAUGUCUAAGUUGGCGAUUGCUGAAGGAUUUGAAGUGUACUCGGUAUCAUAUACGGAAAAUCUUGUUUUGAAACAUUCAAGAGCAUCACGCGAGAAACGAGGAGAUCGAGUGGCUCAGGCGAGAUCUCAGUGGGUUAUUGCUGCUGUUUGGCAAAACGGUUUCUUCACAGGACCGAGUGGCAAAGUUGAAAAGGCUGUCACCAUCAACGACUAUACGCUUGAGACUAUAGCGCAGGAUUCCAAACACAUGUUCACAGACAAGACUUUCGAUCAACUCAUUCAUAAAGUUCAACAACGAAAUAUGAAGUGCAUGUGA